GUCAAUUCCAAUGCUUCAUCUUCGGGCUCGUCCAGUUUUACAUUUUCGGUGUAGGAUCUGAACAUGCAACAAGACUUGUAGCUAUGUUAUUUCUAAAAUGUUAAAAAAAGGACUGGAUCGCGAAUCGGAUGAAGAAAAAAAACGAUAUAUCACUUAUAGAGAUCGAGCCGGCAUGUCGGGGUUAUCACCCUUGAGUACUUCGACUCGAGCGAGAUAUCAGGAGAAUCAUGCACACAAAGGGUUUCUAUGGCUACCUAAAGGAAUUUUUAUAUAAUAUGUCAGAAAAGUAUCGUGAUUAUGGGCGUCUAGUUCCAUAGAAGGAGAGACAAAGUAACGUGAGCUCGGAGGGAGGGGCUGAUUGAUACAAUUAGAAAUGUUCAACCAAGGGAGAACUUCAACCACAAGGGGACAAGAACGUCAUAGUCAUCGAAGACGACGAAGACAAGUCCCUCAAGCUAGCCCCAACGCAGCUUCGCUACUUUGCAAGAUAGAGCAAAACACUGUGAAUAUCCUGGCCCUGGAUAACCUCGAAAGAAUUACAAAUAGCCAUAAUGAACACGGCACUCACUCCAGACAACUACAGGAUUUCGGUAACCCUGAUCCAUCUUCAAUAUUUCCCCACGACGAAAAAGGCGAUCAGGCAACCUAUAGUACCUAUUUUCACGAUACCCGAAAUGCACCCUAUGCUUCCUUGAAUCAACAGGAUAUGGAUAGCCAUCAUCAUCCGGAUUCGGGAGACUCCCAACUCUAUCAGAACCAAAUCGAAGAUCACUUAGAAAUGUCUGCAUGUAGCAGUCUAGGACAAUAUGUAGCUCAUCAGGAGCUUGAUCGAAACUUUGCACUUGAAUCGUGGAGAUCCCAAUUGGUUCACGAAGGGCCUCUUCGAGUUAUACCAGAAUUAUCUGGCCAGAGUAAUUUCGACCAUGAGCUAGGGAAUUGGAAUAAUUACGACCAAAUUAGCGACACAGGGGCUACGGGGGGUGAAAUUUCCGAUAGAAUGUUGUGAGUGGAAGGCACGUACUGUAGCUAGGCGAUGGGAAUCAUACCUAAUAGGUAGGUACAUGUAGUUAUUAGGUAGUUACCUAGUAGGUACGAAUGAUAUUUCUUGAAAGUCCUGCUAUGAUAAAAGGGCUGUUCUAUUAUGAAAGUUAGAAUUAUGAUUUUCU